UAGAAAUGAAUAUUUAACAUGUGAAAAUGAGGCUUACUGUAAUCUCUAAUCAAGUGCCACAUGCAUGCACACCAGUCACACGUUUUAGUAGGUCUUCAGAGGCCAGUUCUCUUAUUACUGGGGUGUCUGGAGCCAAGGCAAGGGCAACCUUUUGCAGCUUGGUAAGGGAGUGUAAGGGCUACGGCUGGGCCAUGAUGAGCACAGGUGCAUCGUGUCGUCUUUCGUUACCUUUACAGCUCACUGGGCAAGACCUGCUCCUCUCCUCUGCUAACUCAACUCCGCCAGUUGGCAGACAGUUAGGUGUCAACUUCCCCUGUAUGUGUGUGUGCACGUGCAUGUACACAGCGGGGGGUAGGUUAAAGUGCCUACUUCCAGUCAGUCAGAUCCAGUCAGAGGCAGCAGGUGCAGAGAGGCACGGUCGACAUGGUGCUCCAAAAGGCCAUCACUGCUGCCCGCGAGGGAGAUCUACAGUUCCUCAGGGAUCUAUCCAAAACUGGGCGUCUUUCCAUAGCCAUUGCGGACGCUCAAGGGGCUGGACUACUUCACCAUGCAGCACGAUGCGGUCAGCUGGAAUGCCUUUGCUUUCUAGUGACUAAGGCGGGGCUGCCUCCUAACACAAGGGCCCUUAAUGGGGCCACGCCUGUCCAUGAUGCUGCAGCUACAGGUCACACACGUGAACUACAGUGGCUUGUACAGGUUGCAGGAUGCAAUGUGAAGGAUCAGGACUCUGGAGGGGCUACGCCACUCCAUCUUGCUGCCCGGUUUGGCAGGGUUGAAGCUGUCCACUGGCUGCUCGCUCAUGGGGAUACAUCACAAGUGGAAACAAAAUGUGGUGCUCUGCCUGCUCACUAUGCUGCUUUAAAGGGUGACCUCACCUGUCUAAAGCUGCUGAUUGGUCAAGCUCCAGGGUGUGUAAAUCGACAGACUAACAUGGGCGCCACGCCACUGUAUUUGGCCUGCCAGGAGGGAAAUCUACAUGUGGUGGAGUAUCUUAUUAAAGACUGUGGGGCUGAUGUGCAUCUAAGAGCACAAGAUGGCAUGACAUCUCUGCAUGCUGCAGCUCAUAUGGGCCACCAUGCACUGGUGGUAUGGCUUGCAAAGUUUACAGACAUUUGCCUGUCCAAUCAAGAUAAUGAAGGGGCGACUGCUUUACACUUUGCUGCUAGUGGAGGAUACCAUCAGAUCUUGGAUUGCCUGUUACAGAUGGGAUCAAAGGUCAAGAAAGAUUACUGGGGUGGAACUCCUUUGCAUGAUGCAGCAGAAAAUGGAGAAAUAGAGUGUUGUCGAAUCCUUCUGAGUCACAAAAUAAGCCCAAAAGAGAGGGAUGUAGAUGGAUUCACUGCUGCAGACCUGGCUGAAUACAACGGCCACUUUGAAUGUGCCAGAUAUCUUCGCUCUAUGGAGAGAAAUCUCAGCACAACUGCUCAGCCUCUGGAAGAAAACUGUACCAUAGAGGAGGAGCUGAGAGAAAAAACAGCUGUGUCACGGCAACUAAGCUCAGAUUAUUACAGACAGAUCACCAACAUAGACAAUAACAUGGACAGUCUUAAGCAUCCAGAGAUAGAAGAUUCACCUCAAGCCCAUUACCCCAGCCCAAAUCCUCCACCUUCCACCACUAACCCCCCGGUCACCUCGCCUCCAUUCUCUGCUUCACAUGGGAACACUUUUCAACAUGUCCACAUGGCCACCACGGUGGUGAAGAAUCUUAACUCCAGUACGCCUGCGAGUAAGAUACUACCAGAGAAAGGGAGACUGUUGAUGGGUGAUAUGAAACUAGGAGAUGUCAAAUCUAUUGCUAGCCUUAAGAAAUCUGUACUGACAGCAGAUUUGACCAUUUCUAAUAAAAUGGUGGUGUUACCCACAGAGGAAGCCAAUUUGUCUGAUAUAGAUUACCUGGUACCCAACCAUGAUGGUCAGGGAAGACCUAUAGCAGAGUGGAAGAGACAGGUGAUGGUACGACAACUACAAACCAGGUUAUUCGAACAGGAAACUCAACGCUUGAAGGAAAAUGGGAGUAGAUUUGCAAAGGUGGAUAGCUGGAGAUACUCCCAUGCUCACAACGCCAUCCUGGGCCCAUUUGGAGAACUUUUAACAGAAGAUGACCUUAUUUAUCUGGAGAAACAAAUUGAAAGCGUGUCGAUGCAAAAACACUGCGAGGGCUAUGAAAUUGAACUUGCCCGUCUGGCUGAAGAACUUCGAAACAUUCUUCCAGCACCCAUAGUCAACAUCACCGUCAACACCCAGUACAGAAACCCUUCUACACAGACUCCCUUGCCUGUUUGGUGUAACCGUAUUUCAGGCAUUGUGAAGAGUAUGUCACUGCUUAUGACCAACCUAACAGACCAGCCUUAUUGCAAAAUGCCGAACACUGAGCUUGUUAACGUCUUCUCUCAGGGUUCAGAGAGACAGGCUCCCAACAGAGGCAGGAGAGAAAAGAUAGAAAGUGAAAUUCACCAGUUUGGAGUCUCGGUGAGGAACCUAAAGUCCAACUUUGAGAAUCAGAAUGCUUCAUCAUUAGAGGACUUAGAUGAGACAGAAUCAUUGUGUAAACCAGACCAAGAGCCGGUAGUAAAUGCAUUGGAUGAAGCCCUUAAAAAUCAAGUUGAAAGACCUGAGGAGGACCAAAGUAAUGUUUCUGAUAUAGACUAUGGCGAUAUUAGCGAUGUAAUGGAAAGCACAAGCCUGCGUAAGGAACGCAUUGUGGUUUUGUUCCUGGGUCACUGGAAGAAGUCAGCUUACACCGUAACUGUGAAAAAUGCACAGAGGAAGAAAAGUGUUGAUUCACUGGACAUGCCUAGAAAACCCAAGUAUGAACGCAAGACCAGCUUGCAUAUCCCUCAAAAGAGAACAAUGGAGAAUGGAAAGUUAGGCCAUUUCUUUCAACAGAGAAGUGCUAUCAACAAGAUGAUUGGGAAUUGGAGAAGCAUGAUCUCAUUUGUACCAUCACGCCAGAUCCGAAGACUCAACCGACAGCAGGCCGUUUACUCACCUGAGCAGUUCCUCCCCCGUGUGGAUGGAUCUCCCGUUAACUAUGACACAUUGACUUUAGAUCUUUUCAUGCUCGGCUACUUUCACAUUCUGGAGCUGGAUUUGCCCUCAGAUGAGAGGAAAAUGAGACACCUUCUGUGUUUUGAAGUUUUCGACCACGUGGGUCGUUUCACCUGGGAGACUGUUCGGGAUUUCCACAAGGCCGUAAUUCAGGAUAUUGAGGCUGGGAACCGGGAAUGGAAGGAUGGAUUUGAGGAUAUUAAAGUGAAGUUCUUUGGAGAUGGACAAGGCCAACCAGAGCUUGAACGCUCAGAACAGACGGCAACAGUAGAAAAGAGGCCUGUACCUAAAGUCAUCGUUCAAACACCCACUCCAGAUGAGAGUGAUGUCCUGAGACAUAACGCUGAUUUUACUAGUCUGAGCAAUGAUGAGAUAUGCAAAUAUAUCGACCGUAGUUUCGCAUUCUGGAAAGAGAAGGAGGCUGAGAUAUUUGAUUUUGAGGAAUGACAAUAAGCUCACAUAUAGACUACUGUCUCUGCAAUCUUCCAUUUUUUUUCUUUUUUCUGGAUUUGCUGUAGUACUGGUACUAAUAUUUAUACAAUUGUAAUAUUUGAGACGAGCUUUCUGCCAUUUAUCCUCCAAUUUUUUCAGAAGUGCAAGGUGGAAGACUGCCAUAAACUGAACUGCUGUUCUGUUCUGACACCCUCAUCAGAAUUUUUCUUAUGUUUUUGUUACAUGUAGACUUUUAAAAAUCUAAACCAUUAUUUAUUUGCACCAAUAUUGGAGACUGCUGAUUCAAAUUAUUAUUAAAUAAAUAACCAUCUUGACUGUC